CCACACACGCAGAGACGCUCAGGUGGGAGGAGGUCUGAUCCAACAUCUCCUCACCAUAACACUCUCACACUCCUCCAGAGGAGCGCAGGGGUCCGGGCUGUCUGUGCUGUGUGCUGCAGACUGAGGAGGCUGAGUCAGGAGGCUGAGUCAGGAGGCUGAGCGGUUCUUAAACACACCGGUGGUCUCUGAGAGCCGACAGACAGACGGAUCUGAGCCGGGAGAGAUGGAGCGCUGGACGGGCAGAGUGGCCCUGGUGACCGGAGCCUCGGUGGGCAUCGGAGCGGCCGUGGCCCGGACGCUGGUCCAGCAGGGCAUGCGGGUCGUCGGCUGUGCCAGGAACGUCGACAAGAUAGAGAAGCUGGCAGCAGAAUGUCAGAGUGCGGGCUACAGCGGCACGCUGAUCCCUUACAAGUGUGACCUGUCCAACGAGGAGGAGAUCCUGUCCAUGUUCUCAGCGAUCAAGACGCUACACAAGGGCGUGGACGUGUGCAUCAACAACGCCGGACUGGCCCACAAUGAGCCCUUGCUCAGCGGAAAGACAGAGGGCUGGAGGAACAUGAUCGAUGUGAAUGUGUUAGCCUUGUCUAUCUGCACCCGAGAGGCAUACAAAUCAAUGAAGGAGAGGAAUGUGGACGAUGGCCACAUCAUCAAUAUUAACAGUAUGGGUGGGCAUCGUGUGGUGCCCAGUGCCGAUGAGCAUUUCUACUGUGCCACUAAAUACGCUGUGACUGCUUUGACUGAGGGGAUACGACAAGAGCUCCGAGAAGCAAACACCCACAUCAGAGCCACAUGUAUAUCUCCUGGAAUAGUUGAGACCGAGUUUGCUUUCCGGCACCACAACAGUGAUCCGGAGAAAGCAGCUGCAGUGUACGAGAGUAUGAAAUGUUUGAAAGCAGAAGACAUAGCCAGUGCAGUCACAUUUGUCCUCAGUGCCCCUCCUCAUGUCCAGAUUGGAGACGUGCAGAUGAGGCCAGUAGAGCAGGUGUCAUAGCAGUGGAACGGGAAGCUGCAGGAGGAGCAGACAAGGCGGCAGCCAUGGUGACUCCAUAGCGACCUCUGCUGGGCAAA